GAAUCAAUUUUAUUUCUCAAUUUCCCUAAUUCGUGUGUCGUUCGGAAGCGAUUUGUUAAAAGAAAACAGAAUCGAUUCAAAGAAAUGGGAGCAAAUGGAAUAGAUUCGGAAAAGUUUCGCAAGCAAUUGUCUCAUUUGUUCACAACUUCUUCUCCAAAAUGCCCCAGUUUGUCAAAAAACUUUCGUGGUCGUCAGAUAUCAAAAGGCUUUGUCCCAUCAUUGUUACAAUCUAAUAAUGCAUUUGAAAUCAAUGUUAAAGACAUCAAAAUAACUACGUCAGUAACAAUGGAAGGUGUUACUCAUCAUUACUCGGUUAGCUGGAUGGAUGUUGAGAAGGCUGAAAAAGAUAUGUCAAGCUCCGGAUCUGAUGAACCUGGUAUUAAUGUCAAAAAGGCAGAGUCGAUUAAAAAAAUUGAAGAAGGGUUCAAAACUGGAAAAAUAAAAUGCGACGGUCCUUGCGGAAAAUUGGUCAAUAUCAAUGAGGUGGCACAGUUUGGAUGUGAUCAUCUUAUUUGUGAUAGUUGUCGCCAAUCCCAGAAAAGCGCUACUCUCUUCGAUGGAUCUCCGGGCUGUUGCAAUUCUGAAUGUUUGGCAAAGGCAGAGACUGAUGGGUUGAAACUUCGAUCCGGUAGACGAAUAGACUCUACGAAAUCUUCUGUUUCACUCAGAUCUAACGAUGGUCCCUGGGAAGUACUUCACGUUCAUGUAUCUAUUGUGAAAAAGUGGACAGGUAAAUUAUACCGCACUCAGUUGGACUAUGAGUUCUCUUCGCAAACACGUGUAGCUGAGCUGGCAAAAACGUUAGAAGCAUUCAAGGAUAUAAUAUCAUCCGGUCGUUCAUACUACAGUAUGUGCAAGCCCCGCUCAUACAAAGAUCUUCAUCCAAUCGCUAUUAUUGACACAAACCUUCGCUUCUAUCACUUAUCUGGCUACAAACCAUUAAAUGGUGGAAAGUUGUACAUUUUAAUAACUGGACAAGGAGUUCUUCUUAAAUGAUGAUUGAACACUUCUAUCAUUUUUUCACGUGAAUUCUGAUGAUGUCUUGAGUUGAAUAAAGCUGUUUUUGG